AUGCUUUCCAGAGGGCUCAAGUCGUUAUCAAAAAACUUCUGGAGAAGUUAUCGGGUCCUAGCGCUUGAAUCGUCAUGUGAUGACUCUUGCGUGGCCUUGCUUGAAAAGAAGGCUCCGAAUUCGCAGCCAGUGGUGAUAGACGAGAUGAAGCGGACCUUGAGGUCUGUUGAAGCCGGUGGAGUGAUUCCCACAGCAGCUUUUGAAUUCCACCUGAGGAACAUGCCAACAUUGGUGAACGAGUUUUGCAUAAAGCACGACUUACUUGGUGCAAAAAGGCCCGAUCUUCUUUGCGUCACUAGGGGCCCUGGAAUGGUGGGGUCGCUCAACCUGACUUUACAAUAUGCCAAAGGCCUAGCGCUAGCUUGGGGAAUACCGCUAGUGGGAACGCAUCAUAUGCUAGGGCACAUCCUAGUGCUGAAUUUGCCGACUUCUGAAAAUCCUGAGCAGCCUCCUCCACAAUACCCGUUCCUUAGUCUUCUAUGUAGCGGAGGUCAUACGAUGCUAGUACUUCUGAAGUCACUAACACAGCAUGAAAUUCUCAUAGACACCAUGGAUAUUGCAUGUGGUGAUGCCAUUGACAAGGCGGCCCGAGAACUAGGGAUGCGAGGCAACAUGCUUGGGCCUGAGCUCGAGAAAUUCGUGAAUCUGAUACCCCAGAGUGAACGAGAGCACUUUGCAUCGAUCAGAACCCUUGAUAGAAACAACGAAUUCGGGUUCAAACUCACUCCGCCUUUACGCAAACCAAAGCAUCAAAAAGUCCCCGAUAACCUUUCCUUCACAUUUGCAUAUCUCCUCAGCUCGAUCAAGGACCACAAAAAGAGGUCUGAGCUAGAUGAAAAGACCAAGCAGUUUCUUGCUUUCAAGGCACAGGAUGCCGUGUUUGAGCACAUUAUAGACAGGGUGAACAUAGCAUUCGCCAAAUACCCCAACGAGCUUGCACAAGCGGAGUUGCAGCCAAUCAAGUGCUACGCCAGAAGCUCUUCCACCAAAUAA